AGUUACAUAUACCUCACCCACAAGCACCACCACACAUGUAACCAGCAUGAAGGUUUCUUUCACUUCAAUCAUUGCACUGAGUUGCAUUUACUGGAAAGUCUCCGGAACGCUAGUGGAGGUGGUGGUCAGGCCUGGAGAUAAUGCAACUCUUCCCUGUGACAGUGAGUUAGUCAAUGGACAAGAAAUUCAUUGGGUUAAGAUCUGCUCUACACAGAUCCAACCGCCUCUGAUCAUCAUUGGAUACAAUAGCCUAUUACAACCCAUUCCGCGAUUCAUUAUUCUCUGGAACAGAUUUUCAAAAUCAUAUGACUUAUUGAUCGAGAAUAUCACUGAAGCAGACCUUGGUCUCUACUAUUGCUCAAGGGUUGAGAAAAAAACCAUCGAACAGAAUGGCAUACUAUUCGAGAAGGAUGUGUAUCACACUGGUGAUACUCUCAUAAAGCUCACAUACGGUUCACCUGUCCUCCCCUCAGAAAGCCCCCAGAAAGAACUAAAUCAUGACUGCUGGCUGUGUUGGCUGAUACUGCAAACUGUGUGUCCUGCAUGUUCUCUUCUCUCUGCCAUUUUGGCUUUUGUUUGUGGCUACAGAUGCUGCCACAAGACAGAGCUGAAGGAGUCUGAAGGUCAUCAAAGCAGUUCUGAGACGCAAAGACAGCUGAGCCAAGAACAGGAUGUCCAUAUAGAAGUUUGCUAUGCAUCACUGAACAUCCCCAAACGAGGAUGCAAACGGACAAAGAGCAGCCGAUUACAAAGCUCUGACUUCAGUGUCUAUGAUGGCAUAAGAAUGCACUCUUAGGUAAAGGAUUACGUACAUUCAGUUGGUCAAAUACCAAAGUUAAUCCAAGGUUUUUCAAACAUGGUUACAUACUUAAUAAAUAUACAAGAAAUAAAAAUGAUACAAAAUACUGAUACUGAUAUGUACUGAAAGGACAUCUAUCUAUCUAUGAUUUUCUUUGUAGAAUAUAAACUGGGUUCAAAUUAAAAAGACAACAAUGUAAAUGUUAUCCAUAAUACAUGAUCUGGUGACUGGCAUCUAAUGUGUGGGAAUAUCUCAAACACACAGCUAACUUCAGUCCCGAGGAAUUUGUACAGUUUCUCUGUUUUUGAAACAGUCUUAACAUUCUCUAAACUGUGAGUGCAAAUUUCACAACUGUUUGCUGGAACUUCAGAACUUUAUUGCAUGUCUGCAAAAUGUAGUUACUCACUCAAAACAUUUCAUUUAUGCUUCAAAACCUAGUUAUCGUUUCAGUUAUUUGGCAAAGGACAUACUGGUACCACAGCUCCUUCACGCUUUCUCUCAAAUGGAACCUUGUAGAGUUGUUUCAUAGUCAUUUGAUGUCUUUUCAAAACUCUGUAUAUGGUGGAAAUGCUGACAGAAUUUUAUAUUUGUGAAGACAUUGUCAUUUAUGAUUGCACUUUGGAUCUCUCUUAGCCUGAUGGAAUGGUUGGCUAUGACCAGGUUGCAAUUUUCUUGUUCUUGCCGAUGGUUAAAUACGGCUGCUCUGCCACUAGCGUGAGGUUGUUGUGCGGUCCUAUAGAAUGU